UUCCGAAUGUUUAACUUUAUGAAUUCGCGGAUGGAUGAAUUCAUCGAGGAGAAGAAGGACAUCAAAUUAAUAUUGGAUGAAUCGUUGCUGUUGUAAGAUCUCUUGAUGCCCUAAUAACAAUACAAAUUGCUUAAUUAGUAAUCAUGGGCAUGAUUCAUAGCGUCAAAGAUCACCCUGAGCAUCUGGACACCCUCAUCGAGUAUAUCACCGAUUUCGUAGAUGAGGCUAACUAUCACAGAUAAUCAUAUAAGUAUGCCUCUGUUCAACAACAAACUAGAUAUCCUUUUUUGGCAAGCGAGAUCCUGAGCAAGGAGAAUGAUUUCUUUUAGGAUUUCCUAUUCGAAGAACAAAACCUCCAUUAUUUGAAUAGACUGUUUUCGCUUCUGAAUGAGGAUAUCCUCAACGUCACAUAAGCAGGUUACUUCUCUAAAGUCGUCCUCACUUUACUAAAGAAGAAGCAUUUCAAAGUAUCACAUUCAAUAUCGAACACUAGAUGUUGCAAUACUUGAAUGACAGAGAUAUCUCCAAUCUUCUUAAACAUCUAGACGUACCACAUGUUGCUGAAAUUAUUGAAAAAGUUAUCACUCCUGAUCCCAAUGACGAAAAUCAACUGCUGGAUAAGCAGAAAUCCAUCUUGCAGAGGAUUAUGAAGAUCUCCUUGAAUCGUUAUUAUGAAAUUGAAGUACCUAUCCCAAUUCUACACCUAGGUUUUCGAUAAUUGCAUGCUGAUAAUCAACAAUCUCUUAAAGAGUUCAAUCAAUCCAGAGCAGGAAGAGUUAGUCAAAAUUCUAAUGAACCCCUAUUUCUUUCUCACUAUCUGCGUAAACAAUUAUUGCUCAUAUUGAUAGUAUUAAAGUCAGAGAACUUCAGCCUAUGAAUUAGUAUCCAAUCUAUUGUAAUAUAUUAAUAAUUCAGGUAAAACAGACUACUUUCUCUACUUUAUGGAUGUUGCUAAGCAUCUCCCAAAUGCAUUCACCACUACUAACAUCUAAGCUUUUCCUCAUCAAACCACCUAUGGUUAAAUUAUCACUCCUUUGUCCUCCAACAAACUCACCUUACUCCAAAUAUACCAUUUACUACUGCUGAGUGAGAAGGAGGAGAUAUUGAAUGAACUGAUCAAUAACCAAUCAUUCUAAGUUAUUACUAAUCUAAUAUUGUCACAUGAAUUCAACAAUCAGGCUCUCAUUUGGUUUGAUAAGAUAGUCGUCUUCAUUUUUUAGAAACUUCCAGAGAUGUUCAAAUCCAUCCAGCAAUUCUUAGCAUUAACCAUUCUUAAAUACAACAAAAAUGAAAAAAAACAAGUUGGAUCUCUUCAAAACCAUAUCAAACCUGGAUAUUAAGGGAUAUUAACUAAAAUAUCUAAUUUAUUAGUAGACAGUCAUUUCACAAAUGAGGAGUGGGAACAGUAUGUUAAUGACACUCUCAAUAAAAUUAAUUCAGUAGAAAAACGAUUACUAUGUGACUUCGAUCCAAAACCAAGAUCGAUAUUUUAGUCCAUCCAAGAUUCAACUACAAUUUAGCCUCAAAAAGAAAAUGACAAUAAAGAAGAAGACAUUGAAGUAGAAGAAGACAUCCAUGAGGAAGAUAAUAAUAAAGAAAAUGAGAAUGAAGAGUAUAAUUUGGAAUUGGAUGACGAUGAAGAACUGGAUUAUGAGAUAGCGAAUCUUUAAGAGGAGAAAUUUUAUGAUUGCAAUGAGGAGGGACGAUUAUAAUAAUUGUAAGAAAUGCAGUAAAUUCAAUAAGAAGAACCCAAAGUAGAAUCAAUGUACGUUUAUCUAUUUAGUUCUUAGACAUAAAGCAAGCUCGGAGGAAUUAGAGUUGAUUGAUGAACAAAUUGAAGAAAUAAUUUCGGAUCCUCAAACUAAACCAGAACAGGGUAUUCAUGAUUCUAUGAAUUAGUUGCAUAAAUCAUCUAGAAUGAAGCAAAUCUCAUCGAGGACAUCGGUCCAUUAGAGUUAGAAAACAAACAAGAUCAUCAGGUCAAUGAAUAUUAUAAAAAACAUGAUGAUCCCAAGAAUGAAGAAUGA